UUCCUGUAUAAAUCUGCAACUCUGCUCUGGAAAUGAAUGACUUCCGGCCGCUCUAAUCGCAUCCUGUGUGUGUCCGUGUAGCUGUAAAUACAUCCACAACGUUAAAAAUGUGAUUAAAAAAAAGCUUGAAGAAGACCAAUAAACCUCCUGUGGAGCAGCGGUCAUCCCUCCGUGAUUUCUGCAGAGUUUUUAGCCACAAAGUAGCCAAAGAUGAGGCCAGUUUCUGCAUGGAGACUUCGGGAAUGGUCCAGCUGCUUACAGCUGCUAGAUUGUCAUUAGUGUUGGAGGAGGGUGUGUCUGGGAUUUAACACGGGACACAAACUUUCUGUGCUAUCAGCACUUGUGAUUUGUGCGCGUGUGUAUGUAUGUGUGUGUGUGUGUGCGCGCGCGCGCGCGCGUGUGUGUGUGGGGGCUUUAACUAGGACGCCUGACAUGGAUCCUCCGGACAUCUGAAGCCAUUUUCCGAGUUUAAAGCCGGGGGAAACUUUUUUAACCACACAGGCCGCCCUCAUGUAAACAAAAAGCCCAAACAUGUCCAAAAACUCGAGGAAGAGAAGCCACUGGAGCAGCAGGGUCCAUGAAGUGGUGUUAAGCCGGGAUAAACACACGGAGCUCGGUGUGGAUAUCAGAGGAGGCGCAGAGCUCGGUCAGUUCCCCGUGCUUGGACCUCUGGAUGGGAUAACUACGGAGGGAAAGGCGGUUCCGACCCGCGGAGAACUUCUGCUGGAGAUUAACGACACUCCGGUGGCCGGACUGACCACCAGAGACGUGAUGGCCGUGUUGAAACACUGCAAAGACCCCGUACGCCUCAAGUGUGUCAAAACAGGAGGAGUUGUAGAUAAAGAUCUCAAGCUCUACCUCAGCCUGCGCUUUCAGAAAGGUUCUCUAGACCACGAGCUGCAGCAGAUCAUCCGGGACAACCUCUACCUCCGCACUGUGCCCUGCACGACUCGGCCGCCUAAAGAGGGAGAAGUUCCUGGAGUGGACUACAACUUUGUGAGUGUUGAACGUUUCCUGGAAUUAGAGAGAAGUGGAGCUCUGCUGGAGAGUGGAACAUAUGAAGAUAACUACUACGGCACGCCCAAACCCGCGGCGGAGGCGAGCAGUGCGCUGCUGAUUCCCGGCUCCGUCCCAAACGCAGUCCCCAAACGCAGGCGCAACAAAUCCGUCAGUAACAUGGAGAAAGCCGGGAUCGAACCACCUGAGGAGGAGGAGGAGGAGACCGCCGUCGUUAACGGUGAUGGAAUCAUCGCCAUGCUAGACUGCAGUGAGCAGGAGGAGAAAAGUGAAGAAAGCUCUGGGGACAAACCCCACACAGACGGAGUGAGAGAGGAAAAGGAGGAGACGGAUACAGUGGGGGCGGAGUCAGAGAAGGAUAAGCCCCACCCCAAAGAUGAGCACUGUGAUGAGCUCGGGCCUCUGCCUGAUAACUGGGAGAUGGCUUACACCGAGAAAGGAGAGGUGUACUUCAUCGAUCACAACACUAAGACAACAUCAUGGUUAGAUCCACGACUCGCAAAGAAAGCUAAACCACCAGAGGAGUGCAACGAAGACGAGCUUCCAUACGGCUGGGAGAAGAUCGAUGAUCCAGUUUACGGCAGUUAUUAUGUGGAUCAUAUAAACAGGAGGACUCAGUUUGAGAACCCAGUUCUAGAGGCUAAGAGGAGACUGCAGAUGCAAAGCCAAGGCCUUUCCUCGCUUCCACUGCCUGCUUUAUACAGAGUGGAUGAGGGCGUGUCCUUCGCCACUCUGCCCCGGGCGAGGCUGGCGUACGCGGGCCCGGCUCCCGAGCGCUCUCACAGCCUCACUGACCUGCCCGAGGCCCCCCCGAGCCGGCCCGGAACAUUCGGACCGCACGAGAAGCCCCUGUUCACUCGAGACCCCACACAGCUGAAGGGCAGGUUCCUCUCCACGACGCUGCAGAAAAGCACCAUGGGAUUCGGCUUCACAAUCAUCGGGGGAGACGAGCCAGACGAGUUCCUGCAGGUGAAGAGCGUGAUUCCAGACGGUCCUGCUGCACAGGAUGGCAAGAUGGCUACAGGUGAUGUGAUCGUCUACAUAAAUGAGGUGUGUGUUCUCGGUACAACUCACGCUGACGUGGUGAAGUUAUUCCAGUCGGUGCCCAUCGGGCAGAGCGUGACCCUGGCACUUUGUCGUGGAUACCCUUUACCCUACGAUGCAGAGGAUUCAGGCAACACCAUGAUCUCUCCGCUGGGCCUCAUAGGAGACCGCCCCCUGCUGCUUAACGGCCGCAACUGCACCACGUAUGACACGUAUAUGGAGUAUUUAAGCCGCACCGCGCACUUCCUGGAUGAUGGCGUCUCUGUGGCAUCGUCGGGGACAGAGUUGAUCGCAGUCACCAUCGUGAAGGGACCGGACGGGUUUGGCUUCACCGUAGCAGACAGCGAUGGAGGUCAGAGGGUGAAGCAGGUGCUAGAGCCUCAGCGCUGCCCAGGCCUGUGUGAAGGAGACCUCAUCAUGGAGAUCAACCAGCGGCCGGCUCUCACGCUUUCUCACACACGGGUGGUGGAAUUGCUGAAGGAGUGUCCAGUUGGAGCCGAAGCCACCCUGCUUGUGCAGAGGGAGAGAGGUCACUUUUCACCUUGGAAGAGUCCCAAGCAGGUUUUGGAGCACUGGGACCCUCAGGGUGGUGUUUGUUCCCCUGCCUUGCCCCACACCACCCCCUACCUGCCCUGGCCCUCAGCCACUGACCCCUCUCAGGGUCUUGACCUCAGCAAACCUGACCCCUUUGACCUGUACACCAAAUCCAGGGCUUUGUAUGAGAGUAGGCAACCAGGCCUUCCUCGACCCAUUUACCCAGGAGAACCCUCAGCAGCAGAGUUCCAGGAAGUAGAAGUGAAUCUGCACAGAGAAAAAUCCGGCUUCGGCUUCCGGAUCCUGGGAGGAGAGGAAGCAGGACAGCCUGUGAGUCCGGAGGUUCCUGAGAAGAUCCUGAUUGGAGCGAUCGUAGAGAACAGCCCGGCAGAUAAAGAUGGUCGUCUGCGUCCCGGAGACGAGCUGAUUUCAGUGGACGGUAUUUCUGUGGCAGGAAAACCUCAUCGCCACGUCAUCGAUCUGAUGCAUGUAGCGGCUCGAACCGGCCACGUCAAGCUCACGAUACGGAGGAGAGUGCAGCCCGCGGGUGACUCGUGUCCUCAGAACGGACGCAGUCCCGGCUCCAUCUCCACGCAGCACAGCUCACCUCGGAGUGACCUCAACUCCGGAAACUUCUCCAACAGCGGUGGUGGCAGUGGCUGUGUUCCUCCAAACCCCACCCCUAAUGCCACACCCUCACAGCCUUCGGACGCAGUGGCCAGUCAGGCCAGUGAUGUCAUCAUUCAGCGCAAGGAGACGGAAGGGUUCGGAUUCGUCAUCAUCAGUUCGCUGAACAGGCCAGAGACAGCAGCUGCUGCAGCGGUGCCUCAUAAGAUCGGGCGGAUCAUUGAGGGCAGUCCAGCCGAGCGCAGUGGGAAGCUGAAGGUGGGAGAUCGGAUCCUGGCUGUGAAUAAUCAGUCCAUCGUCAGCAUGGCGCACGCUGACAUCGUUAAACUCAUUAAAGACGCAGGGCUGAGCGUCACACUGCGCGUCGUCACACACGACGAGACGAGUAGCACUCCCUCUGCUGCUAGCUCAGAGAAACAGAGUCCUCUGGCUCACCCGAGUCCGGUGGCACAGAACAACCAAACUGAGACGGACACACCCCCAAACACACACCCUAGCCCUGUCAAUCAAACCAGCCCGGCCAAUCAGACGAGCCCUGAGAGCCAGCAGAACCAGCCCACCCAGCCUGCAACUGCCCCGGUGCAGAUGUACACACACGACGGCGGGUACAGGUCAGAAGUCAAAGCUCGCCAGGAUGUGAAGCCGGACAUUCGACAGCCUCCGUUCACCGAUUACCGCCAACCGCCUGUGGACUACAGACAGCCUCCUGUAGCAGAGUUCACACACACACCACUGCUGGACUACAGACACACUGACCCACGCUCCUACACCAUCACAGAGUACAGACACACACAGAAUUUUGAUUUUUUCACUGUGGAGUUGGAGAAGAGUGUUAAAGGUUUCGGGUUCAGUAUUCGAGGCGGUCGUGAAUACAAGAUGGACCUGUUCGUGCUCCGACUGGCCGAUGACGGCCCGGCCAUCCGCAACGGCAGGAUGAGGGUCGGAGACCAGAUCAUAGAGAUUAACGGUGAGAGCACACGAGAGAUGACACACACUCGCGCCAUUGAGCUCAUCAAGUCAGGAGGAACCCGAGUGAGACUGCUGCUGAAGAGAGGAACGGGACAAGUACCGGAGUAUGCAGAUAGCCCCGCCCCCUGGGAUCCUAACCCUCCCGCCUCCUCAAGCGUGUCGGAAGUAGCUCCACCCCCCGAGAGCUUAACCAACACAUCGCCAACGUCAUCCCAUGUGAACCCAUCUACAGAGCCACCUCACAUGCCGCUGAUCGACGCGGAAGCCCCCGAAAGCUGCCACCAGGGUCUUAAAGCGGCAGAGAAGGCGGGCGCGGGGUCCAGCAGGGGGCAGAACCGGCACCGGGAGGGCAGCAGAACCAGACGGCGAAGCUCCGGCGGGAACAAGGGGCACCAGAACCGCUCAGACGACAUGAAAGCGGAAUCCAACAAGAGCCGGUCCAAAGAACGUAAACGAGACCUGCCUAAAGCCCUGAGAGGCAGCACCGAGGUCAACAGGGGCAGCGUGGAGGGCGUCGGAAUCCUGCAGCAGGUCAAAGGUCAAGCGCGAGAGCCAGACAGGGGGACGGGGGAGAGAAAGACGUCCAAGAACAGCAGCAACAUGGCCAGCAGGAAGGCGACCGUCUCCCCAGGGCCGUGGAAAAUCCCCGGAUCUGAUAAACUCCCGAGUAGCCUGCGAUCAGCCUCGUCCACCAUCAGCAGAUAAAACGCACACACACACACACACACACACACACGCUUAGCUUUGUUCCGUUUCGAUUAGCUCACUCAGCCCUGAAGUGACGAUCGAUAUUCUCCCACAAAAAAAGCCCACACACCCAGAGCACCAUCUUGUGGAUGAAGGAAGUCGAUUCAGCCUGAACGGAUUCGCUUGGAAGAACGACGUUCCCAAACCCGGCUCCAAGCGCCCUCCAGUUCACACACCCUCACACAGACCAGCAUUUAUAACUUCAGAGUUUAAUUCCAAAUUAUUCUUUUUAAAGAGACAUGACACCCACCACCUUAACAAUGAUCUGAUUUUCCUCAGUAAAGAAAAUAAAAUAACCAUGAUGAUGAUGGUGAUGAAGAUGAUGAAGAUAAUGAUAGAUAAUGAUGGAUGAUGAUGAUGCUGAUGAUGGACGUGUUUAGCAUCGGAAGAAAAACACCAAAACCCAGCUCUUACAUGAAUCAGAACCACGGCGGCGGGUUUGAUGAUGAUGAUGAUGAUGAAGAUAAUGAUGGAUAAUGAUGGAUGAUGGAUGAUGGAUGAUGAUGAUGGACGUGCUUAGCAUCGGAGGAAAAACACCAAAAAAAACACAAAAAAAAACAGCAUCGGCGGGUUUGAUGAUGAUUAUGAUGAUGAUGAUGAUGAUGAAGGUUGAAGGACGUAACCCAGGGGUGUGUUAUUCCAGUGUGUUCUGCCUUAAUAAAUCUAUCUAUUUACAGAUAAAUCUAAAAAACACAUGGAUGAUUAGAGAAAUAUCUAAAUUAUAUUAUAUUAUAUUAUAUAAAGAGAGCUGUAUGACGGUGUAAAUAAUCCCGUCCCUCCUCCUCCACGCUUCCUCCUCUGAUUGGUCUCCUGCUCCCGUCUGUCGUUUCCCAUCAGCCAAUCAGCAUGGAGUCCACGUGAAGGUUCAGGAGAACCGGGCGGUGUCGGUAUCGUGACUGUUUUUCAGAAAUCGGAGAAUAUUUACAAAUUAAGAUCACGUGGCUGUUGCGGUGAAAUCUUUCUCACUUCCGUCUGGAAAAAAAUGUGUUUUGGUGAAAUUUUUAAAAUAUUUGUUUUUGAAAGAUUGUGUGUGAGAAUAUUAUGGUUGAUGGUCUGAAAAGGUUCGAAAGUUAUUUAUCGGUCAUUCUGUAAAGUUCUGUGUAAAAGUUUCGUUAUUUCUAAAGCAGAAAAAACGUUUACGUUUAGCCACGCCCACAUUAUUCCAUAAAAGGUAAACAGAGCAGGAACUGGCGACUAACCGGUGAAACAGCGCCUCCUGGGGCUGAAGUGCGCUAAUUAUUCCACUAUUAUAGAACCUCUGCUUCCUCACACACACACACACACACACACACACACACACACACAGCUAAAUUACAGCAGCUUUUAGAAUAGCCCCGCCCCUGAUGGCCUCCAAUUGGCUGAGCGAUGUUAUGUUAACUCGAGUGAACUUAAACAGAUACGAGGACAUUUUACUGAACCGCAAAAUAACCAGAAAAGUGAAUUCCUUUCUUCCUUCAUUCCUUCCUUUCUUUCUUUCUAUUUCUUUAAACCAUAAUUUCCCUUUAACUCAGAUAAACAUUAAAGCGGAUAAUAAACAGACGGUUGUUUUCACAGGAAGUCGUGAUUCCUGAUGUUCCAGCUGCUCCUCCUCACUCCGUUAUUAUCUGAACUUCUAUUUUCCUACGCAGAAAAAACACAGAAAUGAUUCACAAACAUGUUAUAUCAUAUAAAUAUAUACAGAAUUCUAUAAGAAAUAAAUCGAUGAUGUGACAUCUUUAUUUUACAGUUAAUAAAUAACCAUAAAAUAUAUGAAGAUUAUUUUUAUUCAGAGAGAAAAAUUAUUCCAGAAAGAUGGAAAGUGUGUGUGUGUGUGUGUGUGUGUUUUCUUUGUGGUCAAAAUAUGCAUUUUUUUUUCUGAGCCCGUAAUUUAUUUUUGUUUAUUUUCUUAAAUAUGCAAAAUGCCUCCUUGAUGAUGAUGAUAAUGAUGAUGACAAGGAUGAUGAUGAUGACAAGGAUGAUGAUGAUGACAAGGAUGACGAUGAUGACAAGGAUGAUGAUGAUGAUGUGUUCAUUGUGGGGUUAGAAAAAAACACAAAAAAGAUAAUAUAUAUAUCUAUAUAUUUUUUAAGUAAUCAUUCUACAUCACUAUAAACUCUGUGGAUAUACUGAAACACUGUAUAUCAGAGGGAAAUAUAAAUAUAUAUUUAAACAAAAAUAAAUUAAAAGAGUGCCUAUGAAAUGAACUUCUGUGUAAAAUGCUGAGGGGGAAAAAGCUUGUAAAAAAAAUGCUAGAAAUUUCUGGAAUUAUAGAAACAACAAUUUUUUAUUUUUUUCGUAUGUUUUUUUUUGUUGGUUUUUAUUUUUGUUUGUUUUUUUGGGGGUAAAAAAUUGUAAUGUUUCCUUUUAAGAUCUCUUGCUUUAUCUGUAUAUUUUUUUAAGGACCGUAAACGAAUUCACAGUGAAUCUUUUCACAAAAACAUCAGUGCAAUGUAGCAGUGUGUAUCACAUCAUCUCACACACACACACACACACACACGACUAUUAAUAAACCACUGUGUGUGUGUGUGUGUGUGUGUGUGUGUGUGUAAAGGUUUAUUUCUUUACUCAUAGGCCAGACAAAUUUGUUCCUUCAGGCUUUUAUGACAUCACUAACACUAAUGUGAAGCUUUUCAUGCAUCUGAUUAUCAGCAUGACAACAACAAUGAUGAUGAUGAUGAUGAUGAUGAUGAGGGGACUGGGUUCAGAAUCACUGUGUAAUAUUCUAUACUAUUAGACAACACUACACACACUCUCAGUGUACCACACACACACACACACACAGAAAGACUGUACAUCAGCUAUUUUUUAUGAAAUGCAACUCUACAGAUAUAAUAACUUUUGCAGGACGACUUGUUUAUUGUACAAAAUACUGACAAAUAAAAUCUUGCUAUGGUGUAAAAUA